AUGUGCCUUCAUUGGCGUGUCUUGUUACGGCCACUGCUGGUAGUGCUGUACGUACUAUUUGUAAUCAUUGUUGUUCCGCUGCUGAUCGCCGACUCGGUAAAGGAUGGCUUUACCCGCAAAGGACAGCUCAUCCUGAUCGGGGGCCUCUUUGUACUGUGCGCCAUACCGAUCUCGAUAUGGCAAAUCGCACAGCAUACGAUCCACUACACGCAGCCUCAGCUGCAGCGACACAUCAUCCGAAUUCUGUGGAUGGUACCGAUCUAUGCGCUCAAUGCGCUCCUCUGCUUAAUCUACCCCUCCAAAUCGAUCUACAUGGACAGUAUACGCGAAUGCUACGAAGCGUACGUAAUCUACAACUUCAUGAAGUAUCUGCUGAACUAUCUUAACCUCGAGAUGGACCUAGAGCGGGCUCUAGAGUUUAACACACAAACGCAUCACUUCAUUCCCUGCUGCUGUCUCUCGACGUGGCGCAUGGGCCGAGAGUUUGUGCAUAACUGCAAGCACGGUAUACUGCAGUACACGGUCGUGAGACCGUUGACCACCAUCAUUGCAUGCAUCUGCCAGCUGAAUCACGUGUACGGUGAGGGUGAGUUCCGUGCAUCGGUAGCAUUCCCGUACCUAGUGUUCAUCAACAAUUGCUCACAGUCGAUCGCAAUGUACUGUCUGGCACUGUUUUAUCGAGCCACACGUAAUGAGCUGCGGGCGAUGAAACCACUGCCUAAAUUUUUCUGCAUUAAAGCGGUUAUUUUCUUCUCAUUCUUUCAAAGUGUGAUCAUCUACUUCCUAGUUUACUACGACAUUAUUAAGGACAUUUUCGACAGUAACACGUCCGAGUUUGAAUCCCAGUUGGAGCUGUCGACCAAAUUGCAAAAUUUUCUCAUCUGCAUCGAAAUGUUUUUGGCCGCAUUAGCCCACCAUUACAGCUUUUCUCACCAGCCUUAUGUGAUAAACAUUCCAGUAGGUUUGAUCGCUCGAGGAAGCAUAAAUGGGAGUAGUGCGGGUGGUGGUGGGACGAGCACUGGAGGUACCAGUGGAGGUGGAGCAUUACAAUCGUGGUACUAUGGCUUUUUGACCAUGCUCGAUCUAUCCGACGUACGGCAGGAUGUUUCGGAACAUCUUGGCGAAGUGGGAAGUUCGCUAAGCCGUCGAUUUAGAGGCCGGGCAGUGUACGAUUUAGCUCCGGGAAGUAGUAGAACCUGUGAUAUGAACAUAAGCGGAUCGGAACGUGAGUUCCUGGUGCCACACGACGGCGGUGGUAAUAAUCUGCUCGCAAGCCAAUGCUACCAGAGUGGACUGUAUUACAGUGCGACCGGUGCGACGGGUGCGACUGGUGUGUCACAGCUGUACCCUGGGGGACAGUCAAAGGCAUCCGGCGGUAGCAGCGGUACGAUAGGGAAUCCAAAGUACGGUGCACUUGACAGUGGCAUCAGUAUCGUGAGGCCCAAGGUGGAAAAGCUCGUCGAUACACCGAACGAAGGAGCACCGCCGAAAGAGAUUAACAUUUUCAACCAGUUCCCGUCGACGAAAGCGCUUAAUCUAACGCUCAGCAAAACACCCAGCUAUGAGAAUUUAAUAUCGCUUAAGAAUGAAACCGAUCCGAAAACGAAUGCUGCCAAGCAAAGGUCCUCUAGCAGACGUCCGGCGACGGAAGGAACUUCAAACAGUGAAUCCAGUUCGUCGCAGCGCUUGAUGCAACGUUCCGAGAGCAAUGGAAGCGAUUGGCUUAGCACACCCGAUGAUGAGCUCGGGAUAGUUGUGAAAGGCAUCAGCAGUGACAAUAUUAACAUCAAUCCGAAUCGCCAUCGGAAAGCGUAA